AUGUCGAAAAGUGCAGGCGCGGCGAGUGCAGCGAUCCAAGCCAACCCCAACCUCACCCACCACACCCCAGGCCCGACCAAGACAAUGUCGCCCGACAAGGAAAUUGGCGCGCCCUACACUUUGGCUUCGCUGUCCAAGCCCGUCAGUUCCACAAACGGGCGCAUCCAUGCGACGGGCGUGUGCAGCAUCAGUGGAGUCAGGAAGAGGAAGCGCACAGAGAUUGUGGUCGGUGUCGAGGGCGAGUGCAUCGGCAUCUACAGCGUGGGUUGCCUUGGCUGUGACUCGAAUGCAACACUAAAUCCCACUCAGCUGCAAAACCCGCAACUCGUCACCUCGUAUGCGCUCCCGCCCAGCGCAUCCUUCACCGCCGCCCCAUACUCGACCUACCGCAAGGGCUCGUCCAAGACGCCCGCUCAGCGCUUCACCUAUGCCUCCGUUACCGAUUCGACUGCCGGCGCAAAGUCACAGCUUGUCUGCUUCCACGAGACGAUCCUCGGCGACAAUGCAGAGACUGCGAAGACCUCGUACACACCUUCCAACGGCUCCCAGGUCUCCACCAUCGAGUCGCUCCCGGUCGCUGCUGGUGGCGGCUCGAGCAAGGACUCAACACACGACGUGCUCGCUACCUUUGAAAACGGCGACGUCAUCUGUUUGUCGGCAGACCUCUCGACUGUCAGCUGGGUUGCGAACUUGCUGUCCGUAGGCUCGCAGAAGACAAAGGACUUCAAAAUGGAGAACGUCACGCUGUCGACAGCCCGGAACGUAAUACGAGGCCUUCUGCGCGGUCGAGAAGACAUUGCGGCCUUGCUGAGCCCUGAAUCGAACGAAGCCUCAGACUUGUUGGAGCUCACACAGAUACUCUGCGUCAUCGGCCAGAAUGCAAGCGGAACCAGGGUACUGCAGCUUCUGCAGCUGCAGCCUCGCAACGCAGACCUUCCUUCUGCCCAGCUGCAGCCCCUCAAACACCUGCUUUCGUUGAGCUUGCCAAAGCCUUCGAGCAUACUGCUUCGCACAGACUCAGUUGCCACUUACUCCCUCCACCCCACCAGUGGCGCGCUGCACAUCUUGGUCGACGGCGGCAUCAUCUCGUAUGAUCUGUCAGGGACGGUGCCGAGGAUCAAUUCCGAGCUCCUGCUCACCGAAGCGAAAAUCGACUCCUUCCUGCGCAUAUCCCAAGACAUCGUCUUCGCAACUUCACCAGGCUCUUGCCGUGCAUUCGACGUCAAAUACAACUCUCUGCAAGCCCACCUAGCCCUGGGUCUGGCUCCCGGAUCCGGCGAUGCCGCCUCCCCCCGGAAGCGGAAGCACGGCCAGCCGGAACCCGAGACAACGGCUACACCACAGUUGGUAGCGUACUAUGCAGAGCUCGGCCUUGUCGUGGCUGUACGGGAUGACGAGCUCCUUGGCAUGCAGUACGCAGGCACCAACGCACGCAAGCGGGUCAAGACUGAAGGCACUCUGCUUAUCGAUGCGCUGGGCAAGGGCAUCGCAAAGCCCAAAGCUGGCGCUGAAUCAGCCAAGUGGCUGGACAGGAAAGAGAAGUUGGACCGCUACGCUUCAAAGAGCAAGAUUGCCAAGUUCGAAGGAGUCCUCGCCUCGUGUCUAGGCAUUCCGCUGGAGAAGAAGACGGAUGCACAGACAAAGCAAGAGAACGAGGUGAAGGGUGGACCUUUGACUGACGGGGUUGGGCCAAAAAUCGCAGAGGAAGACGCCACCGCUGUGGACAAGGCUGACGAGGAGCCCUCUGAGGACCAACUGCGGAAGUGGAACCUGCCUUCGGCCAUCCCAGAGUCGCAACGGCAGCUGCACCGCCAGCAUGCUCUGUAUGCACUCAGCAAGAUCUUCCGGUUCCAAGGCAGCACCCUGAAGGUUGCCUUUUUCCCACCAAACGUUUUCCAGUGGUUGUUGCAGAUUGGCCAUCUCACCAAAGAGUCGAUUCGUCGAGCACUACUGGACGAAGCGCCCGAGUUUGCUCACGCCGUCCCGAAGAUCACAGAUGGAGACAUUGUCAAGGCCAUGGUAGCCUUUGACCCAGAGCUCCACCUCCUCUCCGCUGUGCUCAACCACAAGCACUUCCUUCCCAUUGGUGAAGUUGUUGAAGCCAUCCGGCUCCUGACCCAGAGUCUAGACGACAAGCCAGAGACGAGCGAAACAGCCAAGCUCCUUGCCAACGGAACCGCCCCAGCAGACGAAGACAUGGACGUAGACACUGAGCUCGACGCCGCAACCACCGAAGUUGACCACGCCCUCACCGUCCUUUCCAACGGCGUAUCCAUCCGCUCCAACACGCUUCGCCCCGCGCUCACCCGCCUGCACACCUUCCCCGCGCCUCUCAUCAGCUCCACCCUCCGCUCCGUCCUGCCCAGACGGGAUCUCGAGUCCCUGAUCCGCCUUCUCCACUUCGAGCUCAAGAACGGCGGGUGGUCAAGCCAGUACGACUUCAUCGACCCGGAAGCCUCGACCGACGACUCACCUGACGACCACGCCGUAACCAUCAUCGCGUCGCUGCUAUCCAGCACCCUCGACGCCAUCGGCGCCGGCGCCUGGCUCGCCGCGGUAGGAACCCCAAGCUCAGGCGACGAAGGCAAAGAAAUCAUCGACGCCCUGCACGCCGACACGUCGGAAGCGCUCAACGGCUUCUGGGAAGCGCGCUACAUGCGCGGUCUCCUCGGCGAGUUCCUCCGCUACGCAGCCAACACGCCCAAGUCCCAGAAACCAUCGACCAGAUCCCUCGAGAACCAAAACAAGCCCUUCGCGCCUUCGCCAAGGGAAGACGGCGCGGACCUCCCCAUGCUUCCCCUCGGCGGCAGGCCCGAUAUGGGCGUGGAGAAGACGAAGCAGGGUAAAGGCGGGCGCAGGGAGGAGAGGAGUAAGCGCGAGAUUGGUAUGUUGAUCAGUAAGAAGGUGCCCAAGUAUAGCUUUGAGAGGAUUGUGGUCUAG